UGAAACAGGGAGGAGAGACAGAGAGGAGGAGUGUGUGAGGGAGAAUCAAGUCACCAGGACGGGCUCCACUGUUAACGCCGUCAAGGUUUGAGCGCGAGCACCAGGAGGCCACAUUCCGCGUGAAAUAAUGGAUGGAACAAAACCGGCCAUGGAGUCCAACGCCGAGGAGACCCAGGACGAGGGGCAGGAGAGCAAAGGAUGCUUCGAGUGCUGCAUCAAGUGUCUGGGCGGGGUACCCUACGCCUCGCUGGUGGCCACCAUCCUCUGCUUCUCAGGCGUGGCCCUGUUCUGCGGCUGCGGCCACGUGGCGCUGACCGGCACCCUGACCAUGCUGGAGAACCACUUCUCCAGGAUCACCAGUGACCACGCCACUCUCGCCGCUGUGAUCCAGAUCUUUCAGUACAUCAUCUACGGCAUUGCCUCCUUCUUCUUUGUCUACGCCAUUCUCCUGCUGGGUGAGGGCUUCUACACCACCAGCGCCAUCAAGAAGGAGCUGCAGAGCGACUUUAAGACGACCAUCUGUGGACGCUGCAUCACUGCCUUCUUCAUGUUCCUGACGUACAUCUUCGCUCUGGUGUUUAUCGCCAUCUUCUGCUUCACGGCGAUCCCGGUUUUCCUCUUCUUUAACAUGUGGAACACCUGCGCCGCCAUGAGAUCUCCAGACUCCAACAUCACGUAUCCUGACUCCAUCUGUGUGGAUGUCAGGCAGUACGGCGUUAUUCCCUUGAACGCAACACCAGGGAAGGCUUGUGGAUCCACACUGACAGAUAUUUGCAGCACCAGCGAGUUCUACCUGUCCUACCACCUCUACAUCGUGGCGUUGGCCGGCGCCGGAGCCACCGUCAUCGCUCUGAUCCACUACCUGAUGAUUUUAGCGGCUAACUGGGCGUACCUGAAGACCGCCGCCUCCACGCAUGACUACCAAGACAUCAAGACGAAGGACGACCAGGACCUGGAGGCCGAGGCGCGCUCCAAGGACGGCCAGAACUCCUCCUCCUACUCAUAAGGACAAAGCGUCCUCUCUUGCCAUUGCUCAUCUUCUCCCCCGAAUGUUAAACCCAUCCCUCAACACCUAGCGCCCACCCCCAAACUCUCCCCUCUCCCCCCGACAAAACAAAACCACCUCGGUCAUGUUCGGCAGCCCAGUCUCCUGAUUCUCCAUCCUCUUCCGUUUACCCAGAAGCGUUUUCCGCUCCGAGGCGCCAGCGCGCUCUCACUACUGGUAGGGGAAGAGGCUGGAGGGUCGGGAGGAGAGCAGCCGGGCCCCAGACGGAGGCGGCUGCUUCAGAGCGGUGAAGGCUCGCCCCGUCGGGUGUCGAGCUCAGGUACGGUACAUUGGUUUUCGAAGCGCCUCCUCCUCCUCCUCUUCCUCCCUCCCUGUGCUUUUUGGGCGGCGGCUCGUGAACGUGGCCCGGCUGUGAUGGCCUCGCGCCCUGAGCCAGCACAGCCUCUCGAUACAUAGCUCCUAACAACAACAAAAAAGAAGAAAAAAAAACAGAAUAAAAAUCGAAAAACAAUGUACACUGUGUGUUUCAGCCACUGGGAAACGCCACAGCAACCAAGUUCCUCUGUUUUUUGGUGUUUUAUAUGCAUAUAUAUAUAUGAAUAUGAAUAUAUUGUGCGAAUGUGUGUGAAUGUUGUUCUUUUUUUUUUUUAAAUACUCUGAAAAGUAUGCCUGGUACAGUUAUGAUUUUUAUGAGUUUGGGCUCAUAAAUUCUUUUCUUCUUUUAGUUUUUCUUUCCCCACCACUUUGACUUUUUUUUUGCUAUUGCCCCAAACAUUGUUGCACUAUUUAAAAACAAAUUAAAAUGGGGGAGAAUAAAAUCCCUUGAGCAAAACAAACCCUUUCUUUCCCCCCUCUAGGAAUAAAUGCAUAAAAGAAUGAAAAACCAUGUAGUAUCUCAAGGAUUUCUGUGCAUUUGAGUAAGUAUAUUUAAGCGCUACUUUCUUAUAAGAUCCGUUAACAGUUUAUCUGCUUCCAUGUCCUGGAUUAGGUUUUCUUGCUGAGAGGUUAUAAAUAUGGAACCAGUCCUCUCAUCUGGCCGUGAAAGAAUGCAAGGAAGCUCGCCAAAUGUUUCUUUUUAAGACCAUUUGAGGUUUUUGCUUUUUGGGGUUUUUUUUGUUACAUUCAUCACCAGCUGAAAUAAAAGUCAAAGACGGCGCCCUCCACAAUUACUGGCACCAGUGGCUAAAAUGUCUACAUUUUUUCUUUUUUUUAUUAUGUAGUAUGGUGGCAGCAUCAUGCCAUGGGGAUGACGUUUUUUAUUUAGUUAUUACUUUGGCUGUACAUGUGGGUAAAUUUAGGUAAUUUCAGGACUAAUUUAGCUAAAGCAAAUAGGAGUCUUUGUCAAAUCACAUUUAUAUAUCGAUGUCCACACUGUGGGUCAUGGACCAUUUUAGACACUUUGUGUGAUUUUUUUGCUGCCCGCCAACAGAGAGGCAGAAGGACACUUGCUUUUUGGCACUGAAUUAUUAAACAUUAAAUGAAAAAUGUUAGACAUAGCAAAAAGAAAUAUAGAUUUUUUUUUUUUUUUGCUAAUCGAAAUUUGAUUGCACUUUUUAAGGCAAGCGUGCAAACCCAUUUUUAUGUUUUUGUUUUUCCCUUUUCUAGACUAUUUUGUUCAUGUUAUGAAAAUACUGGAUGUUCAGUUUAUUGUUCAGAAGGCAAAAUUAAUUUCAAAACUUGUUUUUGUUUUAAGUUAGGUUUUGACUUUUUGGAAAAAUGUCAGAGACUUUAAUUUUUUUUUUCAUUUAUUUUAUUAGAAACAUUAGAGAUAAUUGUCGGGUCAAUGAUUUUGCAAUUUUAUUUUCAUUUUCUACAUCAGUGAAUGAAUGGUGCUCAAAUGGACUUUUUCUAAUUUCCUAUGACAAAAAAGUUUUAUUUUUUAUUUCUUUACAACUUUAACAAGACUGUCUCUAAGUGUGGAGGGCGCUGCACAUCUAGGUCUUAAAAAAAAAAAAAAAGACACACACCUCAGGUAUCAAACCAAAAUCCGACCUGUGUUUUAUUUCCAAAUAUUCGCCAUUUAAACUCUGACCUGAUUACUGAUCUUAUCCUGUGUGAACUCCACCCACCGGUUCCUCCUUUCGGGAACUAAAUUCACCUGUAAAUAGCAGAAUCAUCCCCACCCUCCAAAAAAGAACAAAACAAAAAAACUAAACAAAAAGGAAAAAAAAUUGACCCACACCUCUUCCCAUCCCCCAAAACGGGGAAAACACAAUCCAUGUUUUAUUUCUGACAUGCUCUUUUUUUAUAUUUUUUUUUUUAACAAAUAUAUGUAAACGUACCCUUUGAGAAAUGUGUUUAGCACUCGAAUACUAGUUCUGCAUUUGAUAUACUAAUUGUAAUGUAACAUCUUCAAUGAUAUGUCGUGAGAGGGACACAGUUCAGUCAUGAUUAUAUGAUGGAUUUGAGGUGAUUGUGACGUAUACAUUUUAAAAUGUGAAGAAAAAAUAUGGGAAUUAUUAUUUUUUACUAUUAUUAUUAUUCUCUUUAUCCAUUUUAGGCAGCUGGGUUCUUGUGGUUAAGUAUUUUAUGGAACAUGUUUGUGCUUAUUUUUAGCCAAAUGCGUGACAAAAGUCACUUUUUUCUUUUUUUUUUUUGUCUAUUUUCUCCUGUUUCUUUUGAAUGCCAUGACUCUCAUACAAGCCACAAAGACUGUUUUGGAUGUUUACACUGAAUAAAACAAGUCAGGAAUUUUCAUACAUUAAUUUUAUAACCAGAUGUGUUUCAAUAAUCAUGGCCUAUAUUCUAUAUUAACCAUGACCGAUUAAUUAACACUUACAAAAAAAGAAAAAAAUAGACAAGAGAAAUUUCUGAACUUUGAUGAGAUGAAGCAUGUCAGUAUCGUCCAUGUGCGCAGCUGUCUAUUCUGUAUAAAAAAGGACUAUAUUGCCAUGUGUGUUAUGUUGAAUAAAUAUCCGUGCUUUGCCGCCAGGUUGAUGUAAAAGGCAAAACUUCAAUUUCCUAUAAGCCGACGAUGCGUGUCAGGGUGUUGUUGUUUCCUCGUUAUUUGCAUGAAGGAGACAUGACUGUGUCUUUGCAGUUUUUCAGGUGAUGUGUAGUCAUUUGUACUGACAGCUAUGGUAGGCGGUGUUUUGCCCCCUUCCUCCCUCCCCUCUCUCCGCCCCUGCUCUUUUCUAAAGAAAAACUCCAUUGUACUUUGAUGGCAUUGUAGUCCCUGUAGGUGUUUCAUUCUGGUUUUUCUUCUUCUUUUUUUUUAAGUUGGAAAUAGUUCUAUGACUCCUCUUUGGUGAUUUUUGUAACCUUCUCUAGUAAAACCGAUAUUUUUUAUUAUCGUGA